CUGCUGCUAUUUUGUUACAGGAAUACUUUUACUGCAAUCAGCCAGUGGGCAUCAUGCUUUAAUCUUCAAUUUUUCAGUGAAAGUGUCUUUUAUGAUGCACAGAAAAAGUACUUGUUCCCUGUUAUUCAUGAGGCAUGGGAGGCUGAAAGUAGGAGGCAAAUUGAGAUUCUCACUGCCAGGGGUGUUGUUAAUCUUAAUGGCGAUGGUCGCUGUGGCAGUCCAGGCCAUUCUGCAAAGUAUGGCACUUACACUUUUAUGGAUGAGGACACUGGUAAUGUGGUGGCAUUUCAGGUGGUUCAGGUCACUGAGGUCACAUCUUCUAAUGCAAUGGGGAAAGAAGGAUUUACGAGGUGCAUAGAAAUGCUUGAAGGAAAAGACAUCACCAUCAGUAGGAUUGCAACAGAUCACUAUGUCUCUAUCACCAGUUCCAUGGCCAAAGAUCACCCAAACAUCAAACACCAAUAUGAUGUGUGGCAUCUCUCCAAGUGGGUGGUAAAGAAGCUGACUCACAAGGCAAAUCAAUGGGGAUGUGAAAACCUCUCAGCAUGGAUACAAUCAAUCUCAAACCACCUAUGGUGGUCUGCUGCAACCGGCAAUGGUAAUGUUUUGGCUCUUCAAGAAAAAUGGAAGUCACUCUUAAAUCACAUCUGUAAUAAGCACAUCUGAUCAGGAAAUACUCAUUUCCACCAAUGCUGUCAUCAACAGAUUUCUCCCUCUGAAGCCAAGAAAGUCUGUUGGCUUAAGCCAAACAGUCAAGCUUUCUUAGCUUUAGAGGAAAUAGUUCUAGACACUAAAUUGUUGAAAGAUAUUGCUAAGAUUACUGACUUCUGCCACACAGGUAGAUUAGGGGUAUACCAGGGCUUUAGUUUAUAAGUAAGAUAAAACUUUUCAUCAAA